AUGGUAACGGACAUUAAAACAUUCUUUACCUCUGAAAUGGCGACAUUAAAAGCUGACCUAGGCAUGCUAGAAGGGAGAAUUAAAGCCAUGGAGGAUACCGUCCAAAGUUUUGGACUUAAACAACAAUCUGCUGAUACUCACCUACUGGAGGUGUCAAGCACCUGUGCAGCGCUAAGUGCUAAGGUGGAACACCUGGAAGACUUGGCACGCCAGCGCAACAUAAAAAUUUGGGGUAUUCCUGACAUUGUCGAUGUUGGAGAACUACCCCACUAUAUCAGAAGACUGUUUGCAGCAUCCUUGACACCCAAGCAAGCUAAAGGGUUGCAGCACGAUGGAUAUACAGACACAUCCCAGGGAUGUGAUUCUAAGCUUCAGGUCACGAUCCGACAAGGACACCUUCCUCUCACAGGUCAAAGGUCACGCACUAUUUAUGUUUGAGCAACAUGCUUUGAGCUUCUAUCAUGACCUCAGCAGAGCAACGCUGCAAUGGUGAGCUACAUUUAAGGAGGUGACCAGCCAGCUG